AAGAAUUUGUCCGUGGAUUUCGAAGUCAAACCCUCCCUCAAGGUAUGGCGGCUUCCCAACCCAACAAACCAACGAUGAAGGAGGAUGGCGAAGAUGAGAUGGCGGGAUGGUGGGAGAAGGCUACGAAGAAGCUUAGAGAGGAGGAUGCAGCCAAGCUAAAGAAGAAGAAGGAAGAGGAGCUUGAGAAGGAGAGGAAGGAAAAAGAGAGAGCGUCAAAUGCGAUGCGCGCUAGGGAGCAAGCGUUGGUGAGGAAAUGUGAGGAGGCACAGAAGAAGCGUCUAAAGGAUUUUCAAGAAAGGACCAUGAAGCUUUGGGCAAUUGCAGCUGAAAAAGAAGAGAGGGAGAAUCAGAUAUUCAUGGAGAGGGUGGUUAAGGAGGCUCACCUCAUAAGAAAAAGGGAGGAGGAAGAGGAAGAAGAAGAAGGGAAAGGGGCCUUUCUCUAUGCAAUAGAGCUAUGUCAUCCUCUUCGAUUUGGUUGUGAACUACUAUGUGUCAUGAACUACUAUGUCUCCUCCUCGAUUUGGUUGUGAA